AUGGGGCUUGAUGUCGUGCAAGAUGCGGAUAUUGAUGACAAAGGCAAAUUCAAAUACGUCCUCAUUAAAGUGAUAGAGAAAUCCACGAAAGAACAAAAGUUCAUCGUCCGUGGUUAUAAGCGGCAUCCAUACCACGCGGACAUUUGCGACGAAGAUUUCAAGAUGGAUUGCGUCGGCGGUGGCCGAAUUGAGCACAAUCCUGAUGCUAAAUCGAUUUUUGUUUAUGGAUACUCAGUGGGCUUUGGCAAAGCCGACCAUGAGAUUUCCGUGGAUAUUCUGAAGAAAGCAUUCCCGGAUUGCGAGGUCACCUGGUCGAACGAUGGCUAC